CCGCGGCGACCUACUUACACUGACAAACGUUUAGUGUCGACAAAACAACUAUAAAUCAGUGUCAGACAGAAAUGUUAAUUAUUAAUCUGCUUUAUUCUACUUUCUGUGCAGCUUUUGUCACAUUGUUAGUUUGGACAGCCCUUGUAGUCAGAGGGAAUCAGGAAUAAGCACAUUUAGUUGUUGGAACCUUUGAGGAAAUGGCCAACAGCAUGAGAGUGACUCAGACUUUGUCAUGUGUUGUCUCACAGAUAUUUGCUGAGAUCUUUCUUUCCCUAAGAAACAAUUCCUAGUUUCACCAUAUGAAUGGGUAUUUGAAUCUUUUGGCACAUUAAAAUUAGUGUAAAGUCAUGAACCUAUCAUUCCUAAUUGAAAAAUUACAUUUUGAGCUAUGCAAUGAAUGGAUGCAAACAGGGCAGAUGAUACUGAAGAUAGUGGAAAAUUAAUAGGAGGUAUCAAAGUGAAGUCAUCACCAUCAGGAGCACAAUGAAACCCUCCAACUUCCCCUUCUUUGCUCCACUGUUCGUCCUUCCCUCUGUCUGCCGGCAGAGCAGGGUUGCGGUCAUGCAUGUGGACACUGUCGUUCUGAUUUUUGCAGCAGCUUUGUGGAGGGGGGUCCAGGCUGCCUCUCCUGUUCCCUCAGUCCCUGACCGUGUCCAAGCUCUUACGGGCUCCUGCGUGGUGAUCCCCUGCUCUUUCACUCCUCUAGCUCCUCACCCUCUCAGGGGGAGGAAGGAGAGGGUGGACGUCCGGCUGAGGUUCAGAGGUGGCGGCCGCUUCUUCCCCCUCCGCAGCACCGCUUUUAACAGCGAGGACAGAGAUCAAGCGAGCAGGGAUUUCCAAGGCCGGACGUCCCUCUUUGGGCAAAUCACGGAUGGAGACUGUUCAGUGAAGAUUGAAAGGAUCAGCCAGGAUGACUCACGAGUGUUUGAGGUCGCUCUGAAGAGAGGUGAUGAUUUACUUUGGGGGAAGCCAAGUUCCUUCAAUCUGGAUGUCAUGGACACUCCUGAUGCUCCCGUCAUCAGCGGCACGAUGUCGGCCACAGAGGGACAGAUGGUCACCCUGAACUGCUCCGCCAGCUAUCACUGCCCCUCCAGACCGCCUGCCCUGCAGUGGAUCUGGGAGAGGGGAGUCCAGCUGAACGGCACUGAACUUGGCGAGGUGCAGACGCUCCACCCGGAGCCCCACAGGCCCUUGUUACUGUCCUCGCUGUCCUUCACUGUGUCACACAAGGUGAAACCCAGACUCAGAUGUGAAGUCAGCUACCCUGGAGCCAGAGCCCUGACCACUUCAAAGGACCUGCACGUGACAUUUUCACCCAAAGAUGUAACAGUUCAGAUCCAGUCCUUGAUGGUGCAGGAGGGUGGCAGCGCCUUGUUGGUCUGCUCAUGCAAAGCUGACCCGCCGGCGUCCGAGUACCGCUGGUCCUACAGUCAACAUGGCCGCACUGUGCACCUCCAGCAGCGCACACACACAAUCCGCUUGUUCAACGUGACCCGAGACUUGAGGGUCCGCUGCUCGGCACAAAACCUGAUCGGUCGAGGAGAGUCCCGGCCCACGCUGCUGAACAUACAAUAUAAACCAGACAUCCUCCGGCAUUCCUCCACCUGUGUUGUGGAUGAUCUGGAGGUGCUGUGUCGCUGUUCAGUCCACUCCAACCCCAAACCAGCGGUCACCUGGAGCGUGAAUGGGUCUGUUCCACCUCGUGAUUACAACAUGUCAGUAACAUCUGAGCCUGACAAGCUAACAGCAACUCUGAGGGGCCACAUGGACAAACCUCAGACGGUGAUCUGCUUCGCUGUCAACGCACUGGGAAAUGACUCCCUGAUGUUGCUGCAGGGAGGAGAAGAGACAACACCGCUGUUGUGGUCGGUGAUACCUGCUGUGUCCAUCUGCCUGGUCAUAUUCCUUCUAUCGUCUGUUUGUUUCUACUGCUGCAGAAAAAGAACUGAAAAACAUGUCCUGAGUAGAAGUCCAGUCGUGUACCCUGAAGGAAUGGGAAUUUAUCAGGACCAGAUGCCCCUUUACAUUAACUGCACAGAAGUGACACAUAUCUACACCAACGGCAGCUACCAGCUUGUAUACCAGAACUGCACACCUUUUUUUGUCCACACUAAGCAGAUCCGUCCAAUUGGCAGAAGAGGUGGGGAGAGAAGAAGAGGAGGAGAGGGUGGAGGAAUAGACAGACAAGUGGGUUUGGGAUUGAGAGACUCGAGCGCGGUGCAGAGUGGUGCUGCCGGCGAUGCAGAGACAGCCAUCUACUUGGAGAUCCUCUGAGCUCACUGUGGAAAAGCCAUGCGAUUCACCUGCUACAUUAAGCUCACAUUAGACUUCAGAUUCAUUGUCAUAACGAUGGUUUUGUAACCUUCACUUAUUGUAUAUAUUGUACAUGCAUAUCUGUGUGUUGGGGUCAUGCAGUAUGUGAUCUCUUCAAUUGUCUGAGUCGGUCUAUAUCUCUCAUUAUCUCCGUAUUGAACAAUUUCUUUCUCUUUGAAUGUUGCUACCUCUGUGGUCUUUUUUUUUCAUAAAGGAUGAAAUAGUGCUACUGUAAGACCUAAUUUUCCUGAAAAGGAUCAGUUCAGUGUUAUUUUAUCCCUAUACUAAAAGAAUAGGAAAACAAGGACAUCAACUCUUUAAUUUUCACAGUUUUAGUCUAGUCAGGAAUGCAAGAAUUUUAGUUGAUACUAAUUCUAAUUUUCCUUGUUCUUUUCCUGUUUAUAAGUUUUCAAAUUGUCUGCCAUGAAAGGUCUAUUUCAAAAAAGAUGAGCCGA